UGGCACGAGCUGAGCAACCGUGGCAGGAUCCUGGACAGGGGGAGUAACAGAACUGGAAGAUGGCAUGGGCGAACCGGGCGUACUCGACGGAGGCAGAGGCACGUGAGAUGCGGAGGUGGAUCACGCUUCCUCGCAGUGAUGACAGGAGCAGGUAGACGCUUAUCGCUGUCCGGCUUGUUUCCAGCUUCGCAUUCUACGUCUCCUUAUUCGGCUGAUUGUUGUCCGUGUUUACAGGUUCACUCCAUCUCGCCGAUGCUCGCCGGUUUGGCACGUAUCACUGAGGUUUGUCGCCGCCGUCCUCACCCGGAUCGGAUGAACCUCCACUGGAUGAUGAUGAUCCUAGAUGGGACGUCGGUCCGACUCCAUGCUUCGCGUGCAACUCUAAGAACUUCCUCGUCUCGGUACCCUGUACCCUAUCAUCCCUUACUAGCACCGCUGAUCAUGUCCACACACAGCCUCUUAACGCUCGAUCUUCUAGGCAGAAACGCUCCCAUAAAUGUCUACGACGCAACCAGUGAAUGGUUCACAGCAUUCGCUUCAAAACGACAUCAAUGCAAUCCUCCACAUCUAUCAACCGGAUCCUCGCGCUCACUUGGGAUCUCCGCACAUUUGUAAAAGACCCACCAUCGAGCGUAUUUUGCGCUAGGCUAGCAGAGACUGCAUUACCCAAGAUCAAGAUUCUCCUGCACCUACAUGAAAAAAGUUAGAGAAGGUCUAGGGGCUGGAGUCGCUU